AUGGUUACCGCUUCAGGGCGUGCACCACCAGAGCCCUACUACGGUCGCUACAUCGGAGAAUUUACUAAUUUCGCGCAUGGCAUAAGGGGCACCAUUUAUGCCGUCGACGAAUCAACGUUAUUCAUAAAAUCAUUUGCAUAUGAUGGCACGGGACCGGAUGCGUUCUUCUGGGUUGGUAAAACUCCACGUCCAAGUCCCGAAGGAUACAUCAUACCAUAUCCAGAAGAGUAUGCUGGCAUCGAUCCGCCAAUACUGCAAGCUCACAACAAUACCAACAUCAUACUGCGUCUACCCAUGGGCAAAAGGAUUAAGGAUAUACGAUGGCUGUCCGUGUGGUGCAGACGAUUUACGGUUGAUUUUGGUGAAGUCUUUAUCCCACCGAAUCUCGAUGUACCAAAGCCACGUGUCCUGCCCGAAUUCAAGCGCCUAGCACAUGGUCUACGUUCCAGCAAUAUAAGUGUCUUGGACGCUAAGACAUUCUAUAUACCCAAUCUGCAUUAUGACGGUGCUGGUCCAGAUGCCUACUUUUGGGUGGGUAAUGGCACCGAACCCAAUAUUAUGGGUAUAAAGGUGCCAAAUGAGGUUGGCUCACUAGAACCAUUGCGUGGCUAUCAGGGUGAGGAUAUUGAAAUUCAGUUGCCUGGCUCGCUCACUGUUUACGAUAUCGAUUGGCUCUCGGUUUGGUGCGUGGAGUAUAGGCAUAAUUUUGGACAUGUUUUUAUACCGAAAGAUUUAGAUGUACCACCAGCGUUGGGUCAAACGAAAAUAACGACCACAACAACGCCACGUCCCGUCUACGCCAACUGCCGCGAGAUCAUACCUGACAAACUGCAGGUGAAAUGGGAGCUACAGGGCGAAUACAUACAGAUCGAGCUAUUCGGACGCAUUGCUGAGGAUCAGUAUAUGGCCUUUGGAUUGUCCGGCGCCAAUGGACGCGCACAAAUGUCGCAAUCCGAUGUCGUGGUCGCAUUUUACGAUACCAACGCACGCGUUUUCCGCGCCGAGGACUAUUUCAUCUCCGAUUUGUCGCAAUGCGAUGGCCAGCAUGGCGCUUGUCCUGAUAAUCGCAUUGGCGGUCGCAAUGAUGUUAUUGUUUUGAGUGGCGAUCGCAAGAAUAAUGUGACCAGCAUUCGUUACAAGCGUCUCAUACAAACCAACGAACCAAUUUAUGAUUUUGCCAUACCACUAGACCGUGAGGUAUCCGUGAUCGCUGCGAUCGGUCCACUGAAUAGUCUUAUGGAGGCAAAUGCACAUUCGCACACCGGCAACGACCACACCAUCGACGAUGUGCGCAUCAAUUUCUCAGCGCGGAACGAUCAUUCGUGCAAGAACUCUCUAUAUAGUUUCAAAGAUGAGAGCGGCCCUAAACCUUGGCCAGCCCGCAAAAUAGAUAAUGAGACUGUAUUCACCGCACGUAUUGGUCCCACAGGUGGUAAACGUGGUUAUACGCCACUUACCGGCAUACCCUCGUGGGGUAUUGCUUGGUACUUGAAUGAUCAGCUCAUACCCGAGUUAACGGUGCAACGUGGUAAAACUUAUGAGUUCUUUGUGGAAGGCGGUGACGAUCCUGCACAGCCAGCUAGAUACCAUCCAUUCUACAUAACUGAUUCACCGGAGGGCGGCAUUGGACAAAUGACUGGUCUUGAAUUGAGUAAACAGAAAGCUUAUGCUGGCGUGGAGUUCGAUAAAGAUGGUAAUCCAAUACCGACAGCAUUUGGUCGUUACUGUGAGUGGACUCAUCGUACGAUUGAUCAGUCGGCACAAAUCGAAACCUUUGAGGAGUAUAUGAAAACUUUGAUUCUGGACUGUCUUGACGGCGAGCCAGGCUAUUUAAAUUGGACUGUACCAAUGGAUGCACCUGAUCUACUCUAUUAUCAGUGUUUCACGCAUCGCAAUCUCGGCUGGAAGAUAAAUGUGGUCGACGCCUCGGCAUCAGCUGCACUGCAAUUGACGCUCACAACCGUGAUCGUCUACACAAUUUCGGCAGUUUUUAGUCUGUUUGUGACGCAAAAUAUUUUCAGUUUGUCCGUAAUUGCCUGA